UGCGGAGGGAAAAUCGAUAAGAUGGGAACUGAAAGCAAAGCCCGCGCUGAUACAGUCGAUCUGAAUGACCCGUUACCCACUCUGCUGGUCGAAAUCUCCGACGCGCUAAGCGAACGCGACAUCGUCAAGUUUACCGUGCGGACCCGCUCGUCGCUAGCCAAUUUCGACAAACCUGAUGUAUCUGUAGUGCGCCAACAUGAAGAAUUUUUGUGGUUACAUCAGGUGCUUGAAGAGAAUGAAACGUACGUCGGCUACAUAAUUCCGCCGGCGCCCCCUAGGCCAGAUUUUGAUGCCUCUCGGGAUAAACUCCAGCAGUUGGGAGAAUGUGAAAGUAGCAUGACGGUUGACGAAUUUAAUAAGAUGAAAGCGGAACUAGAGGCCGAGUACUUGGCCACAUUCAAAAAGACCGUCGCCAUGCAUGAAAUCUUUCUAAAACGUCUGGCUGAACACUUGGUCUUCCGGGAGGAUACGAACCUGCAUGUGUUUUUAACCUACACCCAAGAAUUAUCAGUUCGUGGAAAGAAUAGAAAGGAACGCAUUUCUGGUCUAUUUUCGUCACUCUCAAAGCAAGCUGACGGCUUGCUUCUUCAGACGACUCAAAAGGACAUUGAUGAGUCAUUUGAGGCGGAACGCAUCUUUCUCACGAAGUACUUCGAUCAGCUGAAAGAAGUAACCUCAAAAGCCGACAAGAUGACCCUAACGCAUAAGAACCUCGCCGAUAGUUUCAUCAAGGUUUCGGUCCAGUUUACGGCGUUGGUACACACGGACAUGAACAGCGACCUCGAGAACUUCUACCCAAAAGUAAGCAAAUGCAUGGAGAAGGUUCGAAAACUUGAAGGUCGCAUGAGUAGCGAUGCUGAUCUCAAGCUCUCCGAUGUUCUUCGCUAUUAUCAGCGUGACUCGGAAGCGGCUAAAUCCCUUCUGUAUCGACGACUUCGAGCGCUGGCUAACUACGAGGCGGCCAACCGCAAUCUGGAAAAGGCUCGCAUGAAGAACAAGGAUGUUCCUAGUGCAGAAGAGUAUCAAAAAACCACCUGUGAGAAAUUCGAAGACAUCUCAACCCAGGCCAAGCAGGAACUGCGAGAUUUCCGUGCGAGACGAGUGACCAACUUCAAGAAGUCGUUAAUUGAGCUCGCAGACCUUGAGCUCAAGCAUUGUAAUGCUGAGGUCGUCUUGUUGCGGGAAACUAUUGGGAAGCUUAAGAUGGAUGUUGUUAAAUAGAUCGAUUACAAGUUGAACUGAGGACUUAUUUACUAUUAUGUAUUAUCAUUCUUAUUAUUAUAUAUUAUCAUUAAUACCCAUGUUCGUUGUUGACUUGCUUAAUGAGCUGUUAACGCUUUGUAAUUUUCACCAAGUGAACACAAUAUAAUGAUAGGUGAGCGCGCGUAAAGUUAAAAAAUGUAUGUGUUGACGAACAAUCAAGUCUGUCUUUAUACAAAUGUUUUUUGUCUGCGAGAUUUUUUUUUGUUUCGUUGCAACAGACAAGUUGAAGUUUAAAAGUAUUUUUUUUAGUUAAUUAGGAGAAAAAGAUUGCAAGAAGUCGAAUACGUAUCGUUGUUAGGUUAUGAUCGUAGCAAUAUCGAAGUCAUGGACAAUUACCAAAGUAAGUGGUUAGUAGUCAAACGCAGAGUGUGUACACGUAAACAACUCAUACGUUAUAUGUAUGGGCUGUUUCGUCAGCGCUGUGGCAAAUAUAUUCAUCGUCACCCAUCACAGGUCAGGUUUCAUUUUUUUAAACGAUCUAGAUAUGGGCGUCCAAUUAUAAUGGAUCAGCCAGAUGAAAUACAAAAAGGUAUUUCCGUGUUGGUUCAAUUGAUCGAUAUGAUUUCAUUGCUGCUUCUUAUUUGGACUUUUCUAUUUUUUUUUUGCUCCUAGCGUAUGAUGACCACGAAAACAGGGUGAAAUCCCUGUGGAAAGCUUGACCCAAUCAAUUUGAUGGGUGGUAUUAGGUAAGGCACUAUCGAGCAGUUGCUCCAUCUGAUAAAAAAAUAGUUCCUGGAUAAGCUUACGUAGUUUUUGUUGAUAAAAGGUAUAAACGGGGAUACUUUUUGUCCUCCGUAAUAAAGGACUCAUGGAGAUCAGCAGGUAAAAAAAAAGGGUCCCGUACUUGGUAAGACUUGUUUCGACGUUUUUAUGCGAACGUAUUAUCUACGUUAUCAGAAUUAUCCGACUGUGUAAUAUAUGUAACUGCCAUUCAAAGUACUUUUUAUCAUGACGACGUAAUAGUUAUCACCAAUAUAUACACAAUUUGUUUCCACCAAAUGCCACUGAUGCGUUGUUGACUAAAGUAACACAGCAAUGUUUUAGUGAUGGAAGCUAAUUACUGUAACAGAAAGAAUGGUCAAAUAAAGGUGUUGUUUAUUGAUAACUACGUCUAUUC